GACGUUAUUGAUGGUAACACACAUCCUGACAGCUGACUGGAGUUGUGGAGACGUGUACUUAAUGUAGUGAUUCAGACGUCUGUUUCAAUCCGUUGUUGUGUUUUUAAUCGGAAACGCUGUAUUUCGUUUACACCGUUUAGUUAAAUAGAUUCGUUCAAAGAUGGCGACGGUAGAAGAACUGAAACUGCGAGUCAGAGAGUUGGAAAAUGAACUGAUCAAGUGUAAGCAAAAGCAGAGUGCCAUGGAGGAUGCUCAUCCACUUUAUAGGCAGAAAAUCGACAAAAUGAGCGCCGAAGUUGUCGAUUCUAAUCCAUACAGUCGUUUAAUGGCUUUGAAGAGAAUGGGCAUAGUGGAUGAUUAUGAGAAAAUCCGGACAUACACCGUCGCUGUAGUGGGUGUGGGAGGAGUGGGCAGUGUGACAGCAGAAAUGCUUACCAGAUGUGGCAUUGGUAAGCUGCUCCUCUUCGACUAUGAUAAAGUAGAACUGGCCAACAUGAACCGACUCUUCUUCCAACCACACCAGGCUGGUCUCAGCAAAGUGGAGGCAGCAGAACACACACUUAGAAACAUCAACCCAGAUGUGUCAUUUGAGACCCAUAACUACAAUAUCACCACCAUGGAAAACUUCACACAUUUCAUGGACCGCAUUAGCCAUGGAGGGCUGGAAGAAGGGAAGCCAGUGGACCUGGUGCUGAGUUGUGUGGACAACUUCGAGGCCAGAAUGGCCAUAAAUCAAGCUUGUAAUGAACUCGGUCAGAUCUGGAUGGAGUCUGGUGUCAGUGAGAACGCUGUAUCAGGACACAUCCAGCUCAUCAUUCCAGGAGAGACCGCCUGCUUUGCGUGUGCACCUCCACUGGUGGUGGCCGCCAACAUUGAUGAGAAGACCCUAAAGAGGGAGGGUGUAUGUGCAGCCAGUUUACCAACAACUAUGGGUGUAGUCGCUGGCAUCCUGGUGCAGAAUGUCCUCAAAUACUUGUUGAAGUUCGGUACUGUCAGUUAUUACCUUGGCUACAAUGCCAUGCAGGACUUCUUUCCCACCAUGGCUAUGAAACCCAACCCCCAGUGUAACGACCGCCACUGUAGGAGACAACAAGAAGAGUACAAGAAAAAAGAAGCAGAGCGCCCCACAGUGGAAGUUGUACAAGAAGAGGAGGACGUUGUACAUGAGGACAAUGAGUGGGGCAUUGAACUGGUGUCAGAAGUAACAGAUGCAGAGUUACAGGCUGCAUCUGGACCUGUGCCUGACCUCCCUGAAGGUAUCACUGUGGCUUUCACCAUUCCAUCUGAGGAAGCAGCAGAUGGGGAUACUGUAGAGGAGACGGAGCAGAGCCUAGAGGAGCUGAUGGCUCAGAUGAAGAAACUAUAGGCAAAAAUCUACUCAUUACAGAUCAUCAGAUACGUUAUACAGCAAUGCACCUUCAUUCUCAACAGAUGUAGAGUCGAAUGUCUGGAAACUGUGUAAUCCAAUGUUCACUUUGAUAACAAGUACCUUUAUAAUGGCCGUAUAAGGUUUUACAAGAAGCUAGUGUUAACAUGUUUGACAGUUACAGAAAGGAAUGCAUGAGAAGUGCUCCCAAUACACAAAACAUCGGGCAUACUGUAUGUGUCAUUUGGAAAUGGAAUGACUGAAGUAAUCAUAAAUA